UCCUCCCAACUCCUUGGCUUGCAGGAGGAAGAGCAGAAGCCGGCAGAGCCGCCCGUCAAAGUGGAAGAGCCUCCUGUAAAAUCUCCUGACGUGAUUACAGAAAAGAAGGUGGUGAAAAUAACGUCGGAGAUAUCGCAGAUGGAGCGGAUGCAGAAGAGGGCUGAGCGCUUCAACGUGCCCGUCAGCCUGGAGAGCAAGAAGGCAGCGCGGGCAGCUCGGUUUGGUUUGGCCACAGUUUCGACUAAAGGCCUCUCUGCAGACAGCAAACCCACGGUAAACAUGGAUAAAUUAAAGGAAAGGGCUCAAAGAUUUGGGUUGAAUGUCUCCUCGCUCUCCAAGAAGGUAAGGUGCCUUGGCCUCCAGGACACUUUGCCCCUCCAGCUGAGCCGGUGCCCCGGCUCGUGGCGCCGUGGCCGCUCGGAGCCUGGGUGCUGCCGGAGGUUUCACGUCUCGUCCUGAGCCCCGGCCCCCGGGGAGCCCCGUCAGCGCCGCUUCCUUCCUGCCCCCCUCCCGGUUGUGCUUGCGGGGGUGACUCCGGGCAUGGCUGAGGGCGCGUUACGGCUCAUAGGGGUGUGGAAUUUUCAGAUUGUUCACCGAAUCUUUGCCUGGGAAGAGCCGCCCUUCGGCGGGCCGUUGCCUUCCCGGCGUUUGACUCGCGCUGUGCAAGUGCCCGUUUCUGGGGGCGGUGGGAGCCAGGUCUGUAAUGACCGAGGUAAUGAGCUCUCUGAAGAGAAGGCAUCCAGAGCUCCCUGGUAGGAAAUAACCCUUUGAAGUACAAAUGAGAUGAGCUUUGUAGGGGGACGGAUUUGGUCUUAAAGCUGUUUAUUUUUUCCAAGAGAGAAAUAGAGGGGAGCUUCCGAGCGCGACCCCCUCCUCUGGUCCUCGUAGCUAGGAAGAGGUUUAGCUCAGCCCUCGCACUGCCUGCGGGGCUGUCGGUGGGGCUGGAACGGUGCUGGGGGGGGGCCCACGGGGAUGUGCGUGGAGGCAAACGUCUGCCGGGGAGGGGUGCGAUCGUCCCCUGCCCAAACGUGUUCGGUAGCGAACGGGGGAGAAGAUGAAUUCAGUGUGUUCGGGGAAAACAGAAGAAAGGAUAAAUAUAUACUCGGAGAUUAAUACAACAUCCUGUGUGCUUCCCAAACAAAAAUAGCCUUUUCCUCUUCUGGGCUGUAACGAGCCUCGUGCUGCAGCACUGUUCAGAAAUAGCGGUGAGGGAAAAAGAAUCGUCCAGCUCUAGCAGCUGGAUGGUGUUGGCAUGGAGACCUCUCCUCUCGCUGCGGAAAAGGGUAAGAGCCAGGGGAGGUUCAUCUUCUCUCCAUCCCUGUGAAAUAAGCCCCUCUCCUCCUCGGGGGGAUGGAUUUGACCUUUUCCGCUGCAUGUUUCUCCACGUACGAGCGUUCUGCUUUAUUCCACCGGCCCUGGGAAUUCACUGAUGUAGAAAAUAUCUGGCAUUGGAGGUCGCUGUUCCCCCCCCCCCUUCCCUCUCCUGUCCCUUUGGGGGUGGGGGAAGGAGGCCAGUGCAUUAAAGCCGGGAUAUGUGGAGCUCAGGGUGAGAGGCUGCUCAAACAUCAUUAACCCUGUCACUAGGAGCUCCCAUUUUUCAGGAGGAAUAUAUGCCUUGUCAGUGUUUAUGGCCGUGGCCUUCCCCGGGUAGGAUUGUGUGCCUGCAGCUUAAUGAAGCCGGGCUUACGGAGGGAGCGGGCUCCCGUGGCCCCCGCCCCGGCAAAAACCUGCACCCACCGCAGCGCGAGGGCCGGCGCCCGCGCCUCGCUGCGUCCUCAGAGCUCCCCGUCGUCCCGGCGGAGACCG